UUUUUUUUUUUCUUUCUCUUUUUUUUUUCUUUUCAACUAUAAAAAAUCCAGUGCGGAUUUUUUUUUUUUUUUUUUUUAUUAUUAUACAGAAAAAUGGAGGAACACAAAGAUAUAAACAAGGUCGAUCACUCUACCAAAAUAACAACGCAAGAAGAAAUGGAAACGCCCCAACCCACCCGGCGACCAUUGAAUAAUCGAACCUUAUCUGGAUUUAGCACAGACGAAGAAUUCCAUGAUGAUAAGUUCUUGAUUGACGAUGGCAUACCCUCUCAGGUACCCUUGGAAGCAUUAGCAGGUCCUGCCCUUAUUUUGCCUUCCAAUGAUAUCGAUGGCCGUACCUUAAACGACGAAUUUGAUUGGGCUGGUCGUGAAGACGAUGACGAUGAAAUGGAUAAAAAAGAUGAAGCUGACAAGAAAAAGGGCGGCGCUCUCUCUCGUAGUGGGGUCAUCAUUUGCUUAUCAGAGAACUCGUCUCACAUCGCUUGGUUCUGUAUCGUCCUGUUUGCAUUGAUCUUUAUCUCCAUUGAUGUCGCGGUCUUUGUCGUUUACCGCAAAAGAGAGGAUACCAGCUUAACUUCAUACAGUCUUCAGUUAUGGUUUACCUGGAUUGCCUUUAUGUGGUGUAUUGGUUUCAUGUCUCAAUUAUUCGUCGAAUUCGUCCCAUGGGCCAUCAAAAAGAGUGUUAGCUAUAUUAGACCACAAUCGAUUGAAGUCCUCCGCAUGAGAUUAUCAUACUACAUGGCUUUGCGUGUAUACAUUAAACUGUUCAUUAUUUCAGCAUGGGCAUGGGGUUCAUGGGCCUUUAUUCGAGGUCAGUGCCCAUUACCCAUAAUCAAUUCCACCGAAAACGGAGAUGAAUAUGCUUCGGAACCGGGUUUUGUCAAAAUCUUUUUCAGUGUCUGGGAAUCCAUUUUCUUUGCAACCUUAUUUUUAUUUAUUGAAAAGUUUAUUUUGCAACUCAUCGUUACAUCUUUCCACAAGAAAGCGUAUGGUGAUCGAAUCAAGGUCAAUGACAAGGCACUUCGUAUCUUGGAUCGCUUAAGAAAGAUGAAAAAGAAGAACCCUCAAGAGUUCUUAUUGAAACGUAUCCGUAAGAAGCCCAAGGCCACUGCCACGGGUGGUAAUACGCCCAGUGGUACAACAACAAACACACCCAGUCGAUCCCAUUCAAUGGAUGAGGGCCAAUAUUUCCAUGGCAAUCAUCAUGGUAACACCAAUGUCGUCAAUAAAUCCAUCAUGUCCAAUGGUGGUGCCAAUGGUUAUGAAUCCAAAUCCAAUGUCAAAUUUCCACCCAGCCAAAAUAUGGAUACCUUAAUUGCGAUUCCUCCCUUGGAAGAUCGCCAGAACCGCUCGGACGAUGAAAAACAUGACUUUCAUGAGAUGACUCGCAGUCGUGAAAAUAGUGCGGAAGAUGUCAUGAACAAGUUGCCUGCUGAAAGUCAAGACGAAGGUAUCAAGAAGAAGGGUAUCAUGACCAAGUUUGCACACAAGAUGAAGCGUCACGGUGGACAUCCAUCUAGCCAAGAAGAAGAUGACAGCAAAUCAAGAUCCAUGUCCCCUCCCUCCUUGAACAGAGAAAACACAUGGUUUUCUCGAAAUAGCCAAGACGAAAAGGGGUUCCUUGGUGCAACCCGUGAUUUUGGACUCAGUACAACGGCUAUUCCUAGAAAGUUGAUUAAGGGUGGUUAUAAUAAAUUUGUAUCACAAGGUGGGAUUAAGAAUCACCCGAAUAACCUGCAAGGACAAAACUCGACACAACAAGCCAAGAAUCUGGCCAAAAAGAUCUACCAUAAUUUAUUGGGACCUGAUAGUAAUCGGGAUUACAUUGUGGAAGCUGAUCUGUACCCAUUUUUCAACACGACGUUGGAAGCCAAGAAUGCGUUUGAGCUGUUUGAUACGGAUGGUAAUGGUGACAUUAGUAGAAGAGAAUUAAGGUCUGGCUGUAUUCGAAUUUACCGUGAACGUAAGAAUCUGACACGAUCUAUGCGAGAUCUAUCGCAAGCCACGGGUAAAUUGGAUGUCAUUGGCAUGAUUGUCUUUAUCAUUAUCUGGGUCGUCAUUGUCUGUGCUGCAUUUGGUGUCAAUGUCGGUACGGAUCUGAUGCCUCUCUGGAGUGGUUUUAUUGCCGCUAGUUUUGUAUUUGGUACCUCUGCCAAGGAUGCCUUUGAGGCUAUUAUCUUUGUAUUUGUUACACAUCCUUUCGAUUCUGGAGAUCGUGUGUUUAUACAAGGUGAAAAUUGGGUUGUACACAACGUCGGACUCUUGGUUACCACCUUCCUUAAAUGGGAUGGAUCGAUCGUCUACGCAAAGAAUUCGGUACUCACCACACAAUACAUCAUCAACGUCAGAAGAUCCGGCAGAACAAGCGAGGGAGUUGAUCUCCAAAUCGCCUUCACCACUCCCGCUUGGAAGAUCAGAAAACUCACCGAACAUAUGGUCCAAUGGUGCAAUCAAUACCCCAAACUGUAUACCACGAAUGCGACUUCAGCCAAUGUGAUUAGUUUCCAAAACCAAAAUGCCAUUAAUAUUUCGUUUUACUUUGAACAUACCCAAAAUUGGCAAGAUGCCGGUGGUCGCUGGCUUCGACACAAUAAUUUUAUGAUGGAGAUCAAGGAUGAAACCGAACGACUUGAGAUCUCUUACACUUUACCCUCUCAACCUUAUACCGGUGGACCUUCUCCACCCAAUGAUGCCCCCGCCGAAAGCUAUAAUCAGGGCGACAAGGCCGCUUAUGGACUGGAAGGGAUGAAUAAACGAAGACCGUUUACGGCGGAAGAUGAUGACGUUGAUUGCAGAACAUCACCUCAUGGAGCUGAAACAGGUCAUGGUAGUGCUGGAAAUGCUCCCUCGGAUAAUUCAGGGGCUGCCGCAGGGGCCGCCGCCACAAUGAUGUUUGCGGAAUCCGCCAUGUAGAAACUCUCUCUCUCUUCACACGGACUCACACUCGAUGUGUUUCGAGCCUGUGAUAAAAUAAUAUUUAUGAUAUCUAGACCGUCUUUCUUAUAAUAAAAAAUCUACCUUCUUUUUUGCUUAUAAUUA